CGAGGAGCAUGUGGACGACCUGUGUCGACAUAUUGUCACAGUUAUUUCCAAAUGACAGAACUGGAGGAAAGAUUUUAAAUAGGUCAUAAUUAAAGACCUAGUGCCUGAGGAUAAAAUAAAUAUUUUCUGGGUUUUUACAGCAGUUUUGGAGUGCAGCAGAAUAGACCAACUGGAACACAGCCAGAUCAGCCAAAUAAACUUACACAAAUCAGGGAGAAGAUGAUCUGCAGGAUCCUGCUGCUCAUCAUCCUCACCUCAUGUGUCUCUGGAUCAUUUAUAGUAAAUGUGACACAGACCUCCUAUCAGGCAGAGGAGAACCACAACAUCACACUGGAGUGGACGUUCACAACCAAACCUGACCCCAAAUACAUUUUUAUCAACUGUGACCAGAAAAGUAGUGGCAAAGUCCAUGAAAUUUUCAGUAACAAAAUCCAGUAUCAUAUACGUGAUGUUGUUGAGGUGUCAGUGUCUCAAGAUGAAAGGUUUUUAGGACGCGUCCAGAGUGACAAAGAUGCCCUCAGAGAAGGACGAAUUAAACUUCAACUGUCCAGACUCAGGACUGAGGACUCGGGCAUGUACACGUGUCGUGUGAAAACAGAUUAUGGAUCUGGCUCUGCCAGCAGUGAACUCGAGGUCACUAAAUCAUUUGUAGUGAAUGUGACACAGACCUUCUAUCGGGCAGAGGAGAACCACAACAUCACACUGGAGUGGACGUUCACCACCACACCUUACAUCUCCUGGAGCUACCUUUUUAUUCAAUGUUUUCAAAUGACUGAUAGCGAAAUCUCAGACUUGUAUCAUUUCUAUGAUGGUGUUGAGUUAUCAGUGUCGAAAAAGUUUUCAGGACGAGUCCAGAGUGACAGAGAUGCCAUCAGAGAAGGACGAAUCAGACUUCAACUGUCCACACUCAGGACUAAUGACUCUGGUCUGUACAACUGUACAGUGAGGGUAGAUAAGGGCUCUGGUUUUGCGGGUUGCAGACUCAGUGUUAUUCCCAUUGUUGAAAAUCCUCAAACUCCACAACCAUCUUUAAUUCCACCUCAAGAGAGUAAAGACAGGUCUGGUCGUGUUGGACUGGGAAUGGGAAUAUCAUCGUCUGUAUUGGUUGUUUGUGCUGCUCUUUGUUUUAUUUUGAGAAACAACAAAAAGAGAAAAAACCUGAUGUUAAAUGUCUCAGAGACACAACUGAUCUGCACUAACAUGAAACCUUCUAGAGGACAAACUUUCUAUCAAGAGUUAGUCGAACUUCAAAUAAAUACCUGAGUCACAAAAUCAAUCAAGACUUAUUCAAGUCCUAAACUAAGUUAUGAAAUAAAACCCAAUAAACAGAUGUCAUUAUUUAGUUUUUCACUACAGUGUUAAUGCACUGUAAGUCAGUGAAAAGUUUUGUAUAAAUGC